CAAACAGCAACGGGCACCUGCCCUUACUCUUACCGGGCAGGAACAAACUCCGAGGUUACUUCUCCACUCUCUUUUUUACCUUAAAAUCUCCUCCCUUAACACUUCCAUUAUUUCACUCCCACCACCACACCCCCACCCCCCGCACUGUGCCCCUCCGCCGUGGUGGGUGGCGCGUGAUAUCCACUCUCCGGGCACUACUUCACCUCAAAUGCUAGUGAGGUUGAGGUGAUUAUGGGGCAGAAUUUGAGCUCAUGUGUACAACAACAACCCCACCAUGAACAUAAUGGAUUAUUCAUUGCAGUUCAAAAUGGUGAACUUGAUAAAGUUGAAGCUAUGAUUAAUGAAGAACCAAAUGUGGUUAGACUUAAUAGUGUGCGUGGGAAGUUAUCUGCACUUCAUGUUGCUGCUGCUAAUGGACAGAUCGAGGUGCUUUGUAUGCUCUUGGAUCGUGGGGUUAAUCCAGACAUCUUGAAUCGCCACAAACAGACCCCAUUAAUGUUAGCUGCUAUGCAUGGAAAUGUUUCCUGCGUGGAGAGGCUAAUUCAGCGAGGUGCUAAUAUUUUAACAUUUGAUUCACUACAUGGAAGAACUUGUCUGCAUUAUGCUGCUUACCAUGGCCACUGUGACUGCCUACAAUCGAUCCUUGCAUCCGCACAUUCUGCUCCUGUUGCUCAAUCUUGGGGAUUUGCGAGAUUUGUGAACAUAAGAGAUGGAAGUGGUGCAACCCCAUUGCACUUAGCAGCCCGUCAUGGUAGACCGGCAUGUGUCCGGAUUCUUCUAAGCAACGAGGCUCUUGUCUGUGCUUCUAGUGGUGGCUAUGGCCGUCCAGGAAGUACACCACUGCAUUUGGCAGCUCGAGGAGGUUCUCUGGACUGUAUACGUGAGUUACUUGCUUGGGGUGCAGAUCGACUUUAUAGAGAUUCUUCUGGGUCGUCACAUUCAGGAUAUGAAAUCAUCACAAAGCGAAUUCCUUACAUGGUUGCUUUGAAGUACAAACAUGGAGCAUGUGCAGCUCUCUUAAAUCCAUCAUCUCCGGAGCCUUUGACCUGGCCAUCGCCUUUGAAGUUCAUUAGUGAGCUUGAUGCUGAGGCAAAAGCUUUGCUAGAAAAUGCUCUGAUUGAGGCCAACAAAGAUAGAGAGAAGUUGAUAUUGGAAAAGACGGCUGUCUCAAAUACAUCAUCUUUACAUUCUGAUUCUGGCCUUGAGAGUGAUGACUUUGAGGGCAGUGAUUUAGAGCUAUGUUGCAUCUGCUUUGAGCAAGCCUGCACAAUUGAGAUUCAAAAGUGUGGCCAUCAGAUGUGUGCUCAUUGCACUCUGGCCUUGUGCUGCCACAACAAACCUAAUCCUGCAAGUAAUAAUGAGAAGGUUCCUGUAUGCCCCUUUUGCCGGAGUGAUAUCACUCAUUUAGCGGUGGUCCAGAAUAAAAUAGACACUUACGAAGAGGUAUUGAGUCCUUCAAGACUAAGAAAAUCAAGAACAUCUUUCAGUCUUACUGAAGGCAGUGGCAGCAGCAGCAGUAGUAGCAGCUUGAGAGUAUUGUCACCCUUAGCCUCAUUCGGGAAGUUGGGUGGUCGCCAUUCAGGCAAAAUCAGUGCUGAAACCAUUGAAGUGUUUGCUAAGCCUUGAAUCUGCUUAAUCGAAGAUUUAGACUAAUGAGAGUCUAAAUCUAGUUAGCGACGAGUCAUGUUUCCAGUAUACCUUAUAUAUAUGUAUAUCUAUAUAAUUAUAAGGGUGGGGGGGGGGGGUGGGGGGGGGGUGGAUGAGGGAUACUUUUGAGCUGUUCAAAUGGCUGCUCAACUACCCUUUUGAAAAUUAAAGGGGUUAGAUUAUGAAGCUGCUGCCUAUUGGCAAUUGAAUGAAAGAACAUUUUGUAGUAGUUCCAUCUUUGAGAGAAAUGUUAUUGGACUUCUUCUUUU